GGCCAAGGUCUCGAAGGUCAAAAAAAAAGAUAAAGUCGGACGAGAAACGUCCAAGGACGGCCUUCACAACAGACCAGCUAGCUCGACUUAAGGCAGAAUUCCAAGAAAACCGCUACCUGACAGAAAAGAGACGACAAGACUUAGCUCGUGAGUUACAGCUUAACGAGUCCCAGAUCAAGAUCUGGUUUCAGAAUAAACGGGCCAAGAUUAAGAAGGCCACCGGCCAUACUAACACCCUAGCUCUACAGCUAAUGGCCCAGGGCUUGUACAACCAUACUACAGUCCCUGUUCAUAAUGAACUGGACGACACAGAUUCCUCGUAA